AUGUCGUUGCUUGACAAACUUCCUCCUCUCUUGGCCACCAAGGCUGCCACUGAGCUCAAUGAAUCGCCAGCACAUUAUCCCAGCUGUUUUGCCGCUCUGCGUAAUUGGCUGCAACUUCAACCCCAUUUUAGAAGUCGUACUAGUGACGAAUUUCUGCUGGCCUUCCUACGAACUGCAAAGUUUAGCGUGGAGCGCGCCAAACAGCGAAUCGAGAGCUUUUAUCGCUAUCGCUCUGAGCUGCCUGAACUUUUUGCGAAUUGGAACAUUUUUGAGCAGAAAUUUGGGGAUAUUAUAAUUUCGGGCGCCUUAAUUUAUCUGCCUGAGCCCGCUGCAUUAGAUGGUCCACGAGUGAUUAUAAUACGUCCCAAAUGUUUUGAUCUGACGCGACACAGUUCUCUUGAUGUCUACCGCACGCUCUUUAUUGCAGUUGACUUGCUGCUAUAUGAGGAUGUUCAAGUCCAAAUUGCGGGCUUUCUCAUCAUCCUCGACUUGGGCAAUGUCACCAGAGAUGUCAUGUUGGAUUUUAAGCCCCGGCUGGCGCGAAACAUAAUCGACGGUUUAAAUAAGCACAUUUUUCCAGCGCGUUUCAAGGGCAUGCAUCUUGUCAAUAUGCCCACAAUGAUCGAACGACUUUACAAUUUAGUCAAAGGUGCUAUUAGUUCGAAAAUGCGCGAUCGAUUUGUGAUACAUGGACAAAGUUUGGAAAAGCUAGAUGCCUACAUGCCACGUCGCAUAUUGCCCGAGGAAUAUGGAGGGACUUACAAUAUAAUUGAGAAUCAGGUGAAUCUUUUAAACAAAUUAAGGAGUAAAGCGCAUGUAUUGGAUGAAGAGCAGAAUUACGGAAUGGUAGAGGCAUAUGUGAAGGCUCAAAAGCCUGUUAGUAGUUCUGAUUUAGGAGUUAGUGGCACUUUCAAAACAUUGGUCAUUGAUUAA